GCUUUUGCUGCCUUUCUUGAACCAGUCCAUUUUCAUAAGUUUCAGUCCACGCCUGCCCCUCUCUUUAAUGGAAGUCCUACAGACUCCAUGAUCUUUCUGACCGAAGAUUUCCUCCAACCUGAAUUAAUCCCAAUUGACAAGCAGCUUCACCGGAAUCAUUGAUCGUCGAAUAGGCGAAAUUUGGAGAUGCCGGAAUGGAUGCAAUUAGCCCUCGCCGUGUUCUUCAUCCUUGGCCUCGCGGCCGGCCUCGUGCUGUUCAUAUGGCGGUGCUGGUGCUGGAAGUACCGGCCGAAGCCGGACCAGUUCGUCACGAGGGACACCGCUAGAGUUGGGGCUGAUCAUCGCUGGUCCCUCCGGGCCGGCAUCGCGAAACUCCAUCAGACGAGCACCCUCCACCAGGACAGCCGGAGGCGGCUGGGUAACUAUGCUUUCCGAGGGUCCUAUGGAGGGGGAAGGCGGCCGGGGCCGCCGUUCUUCAGCUGGGCCGACCACCCAUCCCUUGUCACCGACGCGGUCGAGAAUGGGUGGUCGGGGUUCGCCUUUGCGACCCAUGCCCUGGCGCAGCAGCCCUCUCGAGCGUCCCUACUGGGGCUGUGCGGGGCCGGGGAUGUCGGCCGGGACCCGGAGCCUGAUAUCAGCUGGGAAGUCUGUCAGGGGUCGGCCGACUUCGUACAGAAAAUCCGGCUGAAUCCCAGCUUCAGAAGGAUAAACUCGGCCUCCACCGCCGGCAAUAAUCAUAAUCAUCUGCCCUUCUCUGCUCUGUCAGUGAUCAAAACCUCUCUGCCAUUGCCGGGUCCUCCCCUGGGCAAUUCGUCUUUCCCUCAGGAAGCCUACUUUGAGAUCACGAUUGUCGGUUUCGCCGGUCAUCACGAGUCGAUCGGGCGAGUCAAGGAAGGGGAAAGGACGAAGCUGAUCCAGGAGAGCUUCAACUUGAGGUCCAAUUCAGAAUCUUUGGUCCACAUUAGUAAGGCUGAGGAGUUUAAGCUCACCGUGAGAGAUGACGGCAAAAAUGAGACCGUGGCGGCUUCGAUCGGGCUCACGGCGGGCGGCGCUCUCCCGCUCAAACUCCCUGGCAGCUACCCCGGUUCGAUUGGGUUCAAUUCCACCGGUUCAGUUUAUCUCGAUGGAAUCAAGCUUGCGUUUGAAUCCAAAAAGGCGGAGUGGGGGAUGGGGCCGAACAAGGUCAUAGGCUGCGGGUUCAACCCGAGGCAGAAGAAGGUGUUCUUCACAGUGGGGUCGGACCUGAUGCACGUGAUCCACUGCAAGCCAGAGGAGUUCGGGGCGCCGCUCUACCCUACCCUCGCUGCAAACUCCGACAUCACGGUCCUGGUGAACUUGGGGCAGUGCCCUUUCGAGUACUCCCCUGCAAAUGCCCACAGGACUUCUAACCCAUGCUUCAUCGGGCCAGUGGUGAACUCUUCUGCAGCUGCUUUGGGCUACGACGACAGCAGGGAGCUGUUCUCGAUGGGGAGGAUAGACUCACAGUGGCUCAACGGGUUCAUAAACAGAGGAAGCUAUAAUCAUAACAACAACAACAAUAAUAAUAACAACAGGGGCGUGGAGUUUGAAGAAGAGUCCGAGGCCGAUCUGUUCGAGAUUGUCUUGGACAGCAGCAGCGGAAGGUCUCCAGUGUCAUAGCAGCAAACAGCAACACAGGAUCCAAUUGAAGGUUGACUCUGAAAAUUUGACAUUUUUGGGCACAUUCCUUUUUCUUUUUUAAAUUUUAUUUCUUCCCCACAUUUGUUCAAUUUAUGACGAACUUUCUUGAUCUUUUGUAUAUAUUGUUUAUACAACGUGUACAUACUUCUUUUGGUCUAUAUUCUCA